AUGGCCACCAACGGAUCGGACUCUGUUCCCGGUAGCAACGCGCCGCCGCCGCCGCCGCCGCCGGUGGGCUUCGGCAUCGACGGUCAGAUCAUGCGCACCACCAUCAUCUCCUUCUUAUUCAUCGUUCUCCUCGUCGUCCUGCUUCACCUCUACGCCCGCUACCUCGGUGCCCACGAGGCCCUCGGUGGACGAGAGCGCGUCGCCGCCCUGUUGGGUGGCGCCGCCGCCUCCGGGGGUGAUAUGACCGCGGCUGGACAGAGAGACGGAGUCCUCGCCAGUUUGCCAGGCCUCGACACUGCCACCAUCGCGGGGCUUCCUGCCUUCGUCUACCACGGCGGAGGCGGCGGGGUGGCGGCGGAGUGCGCGGUGUGCCUUGGCGCUACGGAGGAGGGGGAGCGGGUGAGGAUGCUGCCCAACUGCGGCCACGUGUUCCACGUGGGAUGCAUCGACACCUGGCUCAGGGUCCACUCGACCUGCCCCCUCUGCCGGCGCAACGCUGACUCGGGCAAUAAGGAAGCCGUCGAGUCAACGCCACCGCCGCCGCCAGCAUAG